AUGGACGAUGUGAUCCAGUAUACGGAUAUUGCAGUUGUGAAGAGGGAUUAUAUGGAGAAAAUUGUGACAAACCUUGCCCUAGUUUCGCAUUUGGAAGGAAUUGCAGACAUACUUGCAAAUGUUCGCGUGAGAAUAGCGAAGGAUGCGACAGCAAGGGAGUUUUGGGAUGUUUAUAUCAUAAUCGUUUUGUAUGACUUAGGUCCCAAGACAGGAAAAUGCAUUUGUCGUGCCGGAUUCUAUGGUCCUCUGUGCAAACGACGUUGUCCUAUCGGUUUCUAUGGGCCAAGUUGUGCCAAAAAAUGCCAAUGUACUGAUGGAUUACGCUGCGACGUUGUCACAGGAGAUUGCACUAAAAAGUGUCCUCCGGGUUAUAUGGGAGAACGUUGCGACAAAGGUAUUAACAAAUUCUUUUAG